AUGGUUCUGGAGGCGAAUGAAAAGGAAAAGCUCGAUGAAGUUGAUCUAAUUCUUGCUGCCGAGGAUGGACAGAUCAAACGCUCACGCGAUCCAAAAAUGUGCCAUCAUAAUGCUCGACAGAAAUGUGCCCACUGUCUUCCGAUAGAUCCAUACGAUGAAGAUUAUUUGAAGUCGAAGGAUAUCAAACAUAUGUCCUUUCAUGCGCAUGUACGUAAACUCACAUCAGGUCAUGGCAAAGGGUCCCAGUUAAAACGUCCGCUGGAGAAUAUAAGAUGUACUAUUGAUUUAAACUGUCCUGCUCACAAACCCUAUCCCAAGGGAGUAUGUACGAAGUGCAAACCACCAGUGAUGACAUUAAAUCGGCAGAGGUAUCGUCAUGUCGAUAAUAUAUUCUUCGAAAACCAAGAUAUUGUGAAUGAUUUCUUGAAUUUUUGGCGCACAACUGGAAAUCAGCGAGUCGGAUAUCUCAUUGGGAAGUAUCAACCAUUUUCGGACGUUCCUCUUGGUAUAAAAGCUGUAGUUGCCGCUAUUUAUGAACCUCCCCAAAACUGCACUCCUGAUAGUGUAGAAAUUCUCGAUGAUCCUAAUGAACAGGCAGUAGAUCGGCUGUGUAACUGGUUGGGAUUAAAACGUGUAGGGUGGAUUUUCACAGACCUUUGGUCAGCUGAUCGAGUGAAAGGAACGGUGCAUUGCACAAGGCAUAAGCACGCGUUUUUCUUGUCUGCUGAGGAAUGCAUAACGGCAGGGUACCUACAGUCUUUACAUCCAAACAUCACCGAAUAUUGUUCGGACCGCUAUUUUGGCUCAAAGUUUGUCACAGUCGUAGCGAGCGGAGAUGAACAAGAACAAGUAAACUUCCAUGGGUAUCAGGUUUCGAACCAGUGUACUGCUCUGGUUCAAGCGGAGCUUCUCUGUCCCACAAAUCACCCCGAACUGGCAUACAUAAGAGAAAAACCACUCAAAGAAUCACAAUACUUGACGGAUGUCCAAUUUACUGAGAAAAACCAGUAUGGCGCGGAAGUUUUGAAAGACGCUCGUCCUUUACCAGUGGAAUUUCUUCUGGUUGACGUACCUACUGGAAUGCCAAAAGAGCCGCAAUACACGUUUUCGCCACCUCCGCCUGUAGCUCGUUUUAAUAUUGAGAACAGAGAUUCGAUGGGAACGACGCAGGGUGGUGCGAAUUUGAGCGCCUAUUGUGCUGAGUACUCUUUGAAUCAGUUCCUCGAGCAGGCCACAAACUUCCACUUCUUGCUGUAUCUCAUGACUAAUCAUUUGGUGCAACUGAGCGAAGUAGAAAUGCAGGUGCUAUGCACAGCUGUCUGCACACAAGAUCGGGAAGCGGCCAUCGAAUGGGCACGAGAAACAGUCAAUUGGCAACAACUUGUUGCACUAUGUCAUGAGCAAGGACGUGGUGAGUUGUACACUCUUUUGAGCAAACGAUUUCGAAUACAUGGUCGAAAGCAUGACUCAUUGACAUCUGCUUGA